GGCUCAGUCCUUGGUGGCACAGGCAGGAGGGAGUGGGAUGGCAGUCAGCCCCUUGCUCCAUGCUGAGAGGGCACCCCGAGUGCCGCCGUGGUGGUCAGGAGCGCAGCCCUUCCCCUAGGGCUGACGCUGCUGCCCACGGUGGGUUUCUCAUGCCCACUGGCUACCCUCAAGUGGGGUCCGGGAACGCAUCAGAGGAGAACACGACCUACUUCCCCUUCUUCUCGGACUUCAGGGGCCGCAACGUGACAGCCUUGCGCGUUGGCGAGUCAUCUGCCCUGGUCUCCAUCUUCCUGCUGGCCUUGGUGGGAAACGUCUGGGGUAUCUGCCUGCUGCUGCGGCAAGGGCAUCGGCUGUGUGCUGCCAACUGCCUCGUCCUCAACCUCUUCUGUGCCGACCUGCUCUUCAUCACCGCCAUCCCCUUCAUCGCUGUCGUGCGCUGGACAGAGUCCUGGGUGCUGGGCGACGUCGUCUGCCACAUGCUCUUCUACGUGGUGACCCUCAGCGGUACCGUGGUCAUCCUCUCCCUCUCGGCCGUCAGCCUGGAGCGCGUCGUCAGCAUCGCUCGGCUGCGCCACGCCGCCUUCCGCCGCCGUAAGGCGCUGGCCGCCGUCCUCCUCUUCAUCUGGGGCUUCGCCGCUGUCGCCACCCUCCCGGUCUGCUACUUCUUCAGCGUGGUGCGGCUGCCCGCCGCCGCCAGCGAGGAGAUUCAGAUUUGCACCCUGCUUUGGCCCAGCCUUGAAGGAGAAACAGUUUGGGACGUGACCUUUGCCACUGUUUGCUUUCUAAUACCUGGAUUAGUCAUUAUCAUCAGCUAUUCCAAAAUCUUACAGAUUACAAAAGCAUCAAGAAGAAGUUUAAAUGCUGGUUUAGCCUGCUCAGAAAAUCGCCAUAUUCGUGUUUCCCAGCAAGACUACAAACUAUUCCGAGCCCUCUUUUUGUUGAUGAUCUCUUUCUUCAUCAUGUGGAGCCCAAUUAUAAUAAUUAUUUUUUUAAUUUUACUCCAGAACUACAAACACGAUUUCAAUAUUUUGCCAUCGGUUUUCUUCUGGGUAGUAUUAUUCACUUUUGCCAACUCUGCCGUCAAUCCAAUUUUGUAUAAUGUUGUCUAUUUCAGACGUAAAUGUCAGGAAAUUAUUCUCUGUUGUACAGGGAAUCCCGUAAGGCAUAAGGCUGGCACAGAAAGCAGUGCAAAAAGAUCUAACCAUGAACAACCAAAUUUGUCUUUCAUUACUAGAUAAUUAUUUAAAGUCUGAGCUGUGCCACACUUUGGAUGUUGUUGUCUACAUUAUCCCAAGUUGAAUAGUUCAAUAUGUUAUAAUAUUGUAUGCCAAAGAAGGAAAAAAAAAGCUAAGUCUGUAUUUUUAAUUCCUGCAGGUGAAAUUCUCUUCACUUCACUGCUUUGUCUCAGUAAGAUUUUGGACAAUUUAAUCCGAUGGAUUGAAUUCUUCACUUACACUGAAAUUAACAGGAAUAUGCCAGUGAACUUGGUGAAUGUAGAAUACUUGAAAUAAGUACUUACUAUCUGAAUUCAUUUGUAUGUGGGUAUGUUUUCAGUUGGCAUAAAUGUAGUUAAUGAAGUUAUAGUGAAUCUAUGUCAAGAGCACACCUGACCCAUUUUACUCUUUAUUUUCUACUAAGAGAGAUCAACAUUCCAGUAAAAAUGCACAUCCCCAGAAAGUAUCUGUUUUUUUUUCUUUUAUCCCAUUUAAAAAGGCACUUGGUUAUUCACCUAGAUGACUGACUGCCUGAACAUAGCAGACUAACCAGUUUCAUGCAAGAAACCAGACAAUAAACGUGUAUUGUCACCAAGUGAAUGACCAAUUUG